AUGUCAACGUUUGAUGACACAAUACCUCGAGUUUUGUCGUUUUACGACCAAUGUCCUACCGCCGCAGAGAACAAAUAUCUUAUGGUUGGACUGAACUUGAUGUUUCUCUUGGCAAGUAAUCGUCUUUCCGAGUUUCAUAUGUUGUUGGAAUCGGUGCCUCAGAGUAUUCAGUCAACCAACCCUUACAUUUCCACACCUGUCCGUCUUGAACAGUCUUUAAUGGAAGGAGCGUACAAUAAGGGUUCAACACGAGCAAAAAGCGGAUAUUUUAGAAGUGACAUUGCCGUAUCAAUUGAGAAGUCAUUCAAGUUGUUAAGUACGCGCGAUGCGGCGAACAUGUUAUUAUUUGAGAAUGACGCACAAGUACAGGAAUUCGCUAAGCAGCGGAAAUGGGUAAAUGAGCACGGAUGCUUUGUAUUCGAAACCAGUGCCACUCACCACGAUAAGCCUACAUUAGAUACGGCUCGUAUUGCUAAGCAGACAAUCUUCUACGCAAAGCAACUGGAGAUGAUCGUCUAG